UUGCUUCAGGUGGUAAUAUAUAUAAUUAUAUAUACGACAUUUUAUUAUCUAACAUUUUAGUGUUUGUCAGACAGUUAGCUAUAAUACGUUCAAAAUGAGAAACGGGAUAAUACAGUCAUGUUUUUUGUUGAUUUUGUUAUUUUCAGUGUCCGAACAAUGUGGAUGUCCUGCACAGUAUACACAACAAGUGAUUUGCGACUCUAAAUUGGUUGUUGUUGCUAAAAUUGAUUCGUCCUCAUCAGAUGGCUUCAACACCAACUAUAAAAUAUCUGUGACAAAGUUUUAUUAUGGUAAGAUGGAAUAUAAUCAGUUGUCUGAUAAAAAGACCCUAGAGACACCGAAAUCAAGUGCAGCAUGUGGACCUGUGGUUCUAACUGUAGGAUCAAGUUAUAUUUUAUCAGUUGACCUGUAUAAUGGAAAAAUGAGCCAUAACUUGUGUGGACUUCAGGUUGAAGCCAAGAAAGCAAGUCAGGUCUUGUUACAAGGAUUGGCUGGAAAAUAUAAAGAUAAUUGUGGAUGUGAGAUUCCAUUUGCGUUUGAUCCUCCACCAACAAGCCCACAAACCAGAAACCAAUGUAGAAAUACACCUCCAGGCUGCUCCUAUCAUAGUAUAUGUAGCAGGAAUGGAUACGGUAGAUGCAAGUGGCAAGGUUGUUAAAGAAGCUAUUAAAAUAUUUCGUUUAAA